AUGGACAACAUCUGGACAACCGAAGUUUGGAAUGAGCUAAAAGAUGGUUUUCCUGAUAACUCAAACGGAAGCAGAAUAUUGAUCACCAGCCGUAUAAAAGGUGUGGCUUCAGAAAGUACUACCCACUUUCCCCCAAUUCUCGAUGAAGAUGAAAGCUGGGAACUCUUUAGGAAGAAGGUAUGCGUAACAGAGGAAUUUCCUCCCCAACGAUGUGCGAAUUCCUAUCUUUGUCGUAGGACAAGAUGCAAGGACAUACUCUCCUUGAGCUACACCCACCUGUCGCAGCACUUGAAAUCAUGCUUUUUGUACUUUGGAGUAUACCCAGAAGAAUUUGAGAUCCCUGUAAGGCAAUUGAUCCGACCUUGGAUAGCCGAGGGAUUCAUAGAGCAUACUGGCUCUAGAUACAUAGAGGAUGAUGCCAAAGACUACUUCGAUGAGCUGUAUAAUCAAAGCUUGAUCCAAGUGGCUAGCAGCAGGACAGAUGGAGGAGCAAAGACAUGUCGUAUUCAUGCUCUUCUACAACACAUCUCCAUUUGCGAGAGCAAAGAAGAGAAGUUUCUUGAGGUAUUUAGACAUGUUAAUCUUUUAUCCGAGAACAAAUCCCGUAGAAUUUCUGUCCAAUGUAGCACUCCUCGUUAUAUUGCUUCAAAUCUCUCUCACGCUACUUGUGCCCGCUCUUUGUUGUUCUUUGGCCAUGAGAAACUUAGCUUCGACUCAUCCUACAGAAAGAAGCAGACCUACGGCGACCUUGAUCCAAACCAUUGGAAAUGGGUCCACGAAAAGUUCUGCUUGGUUCGGGUGCUUCAUUUUGGUCAACUAAAUAUUUACUCCAUUCCCUCAAAUAUAGAAGAAUUGAUCUGUUUGAGGUACUUGAGAAUAAAGUCUGAUGUUCUGAAAGUAAUUCCAGCUUCCAUUUGCAACCUUAAACACCUAGAAACCCUCGACCUGAAAGGUACUUUUCUGAAUUGCUUGCCUACAGGGAUAUGGGAGGUCAGUAGUCUUAGAAAUCUGUAUAUGUCUGGGCCAGUGAGUUUACCGGACCAUUUUUACCCAGACGUCAAAGCUCUUUGGAAGCUCCAAGUCCUUUCCACUGUAUCCCUUAACCCACAAAAUGUGAGCCUCAUUGUUCAAUCUGAACUCUUAAGGAAAUUAGGAAUAUAAUUUGCUUCGGACGACAGCAACUGCAGAGCUGUUGAGGUUUUGGCAGAGCUCCACCAUUUACCUCAUCUUCAAACAUUGAAAGUCGUAAAUUGUUCAGAAGGCCCCCGUCUCCCGACUUCAUUUCCAUCGACAAUCACCAAGAUCACCUUAAGACAAGUGUGCUUAAAAGUCCGCCGCGACAUGAGAGUGCUGGGGAAGCUUCCCAACCUUUAUAUACUGAAACUGCAGAGUUGCUUGCUUUCUAGUAAGCUCACAUUCUUUGCAGAUUCGUUCCCUCGUCUGGAAGUUCUUAAAUUGGAAAAAUUGAAUAUUAAGAGAUGAAGCAGAGGAGACGUACAAUGCCAUGCCUCAGGCAUUUGGUCAUCAAACGUUGCACUGACUUGAAUAUGCUCCCCUCGAGACUAUGGAGUUCGAAUGCUCUGCAAGACGUGGAGGUAUUAUGGAGCAACUUGGAAUUGGUAAACCUUCUUCAGGAAUCGCAGAGGAAUCUUGGGUUUAAUCUGCACAUGUCCUCCUCCGAAUGACGACUUUUAUCAAAGGAGGGCAGUAUAACGGUGGCUUUUUCAGGAGAACUAAGAGUUCAGACAACUUCCGUGGAAUUGGACAAUGCUGUUCCUUUCAAUUGCUGCUACAACUUUCUUCCCCGCAAGGGUUUUGGAGGGGAAGAGAAGGUUAUUGUUUCCUCUGAGUUGCUUUCUUUUGAUUAUUGCGGAAUGAUUAGGUUUGAAUCGGCUUGUAUGUCCUCAUUAACAUUUCUUAUGGGGAGAACUGCAUAAUUUUUUAUGGAGUUUAGACUUUAUACUCUCCAGCAACAGGUGUAAGAUGUACUUCCUUUACAAAAAGUUGGUUUCAUUAUGAAAAUGGUAAUUUUUUUUUUUCA